CAGGGCCAGGUGCAGAGCGGUAUGCGCUCAGGGAUUCGUAUCGCUCAAGGGAACUACAUCAGGCUGACGGUGAGCAAACCCAUACCUGUGCAGGUGGACGGAGAACCCUGGAUCCAACCGCCGGGACACAUCAUCAUCUCUGCUGCUGGACCAAAGGUUCGGAUGCUGAGGAAGUCAAAGCAGAAGCAGAAAAAGUCGUCCGCCGGCUCCAAGGACGGACGUUCUGAGAGUCCGUCCUCCAGAGACGGAGGACACUGACCGACCUGCCUGAAAAUCAGAGUGCUGCCUUUUACCUGCUUCCUGCUGCACCUGGGAGGCCAAUUUGGUGCCAGCCGUGAUUUCACUCAUGUAGCUUCUUUGUAGCUGACGGGCUGCAGAUCCACUCGGACACUGAAGGAGGUUUAACAGCCUGCACACGGUGGGAGGACGUCCUGGACCGCCUCGAGUUUGGUCCAGUUCAGAUCGCAUUUCCAUUCUGCUGACCGAGCACUUAUCACUUACAGAUGGUUAAUAUUCAGCAACUAAAACUAACGUUUUUUACUUAAAACUAUAACAAGUAAUCCAUAGAUUUAAAAUAUUCUAUAUAGAUUAAGAAAGACACAAUUUCAGUAUGAAUAAGCUUCAGAGUUGAACAAAAAAAUUUACAUAGUAUUUAACAAAAGUAAGUUUCUGUUCAGAUGUGACUGUAUAUGUACAGUAAGUAGCAGUAGACUCAGUGUGAUUUAUUGUUCUUUAGUUGUGAAAAGUAACGUGCAGCUAGAGUGAUUUUGACCUCCGUGUUGGUCAUACUGUCAUCAGAGAAUAUGAAGAAAUAUAAAAACUGAAGCACUCCUGAAGAGACAGGCAGUUUCUUAAAGAAGCUGUAGCCUCAUUAUCUAAACCGCAAAAUCUCCUGGGAGGCUGAGCUGGCUUUCUUCUUCUUCUCCUGUAUGAAAUCUUUUGGUAACGUUAGUUUUAGACAACACUGAUGUUGCAGUGAAGCUCUCCAGAGCUAAUGAGCGUGCAGAAUCAAAGUAAUCUCUGAAACCGCUGUGCAGUAUCCGUGUGUAACUGGAAAAUUCACAAGAGUGAAGGAACUGAUUGAAAAGAAAAGUCAGAUGAACUGCGAAAACAAGCGUUAUACUGAAGAUAAACUGAAAACCCUGAAGCGUAUUUUUAUUUCAACAAGUGCGAAGCUUUUACUUUGGCAACAGCACCAACUUCAAAAUAUAAAAGAACCUUUACAGGUUUGUUUUGCGACAAAUAAUCAUCUUGUUAUAAUAAUUAUUUGCACAGGACUUAAAAUUUGUGUAAACUAGAUAAUAACAUGCAAAAGAUUAAAAAACAUAGAUCUUUUGUGCAUUUGGAGACUCCAUAGAAACCUUAAAAAACACGUGACAAAGAUAGCACUUGAAACUGAAAGCUAGAAACUAGCUCAGUGUUAGCUUGGUGAGCUGUUUUGCCAAGUUAGCUUGCCAAAACAAAAUAAAAGCAAAAUGAAAAAUUUAAAUCCAUGAUAUACUUUUACUCAAAUGUGCAAAAAAAGUACUAUUAGCUAGGAAACUAGCGACAUUACCAGCUAAUCUUAACUAGAAACAUCACUAGCUUGGUUUAAAGGGUUUAAAUUAACUUAACCUUCGAUUACUAAAUGUGGGAACACGUUAGCUACCCUUUACACUAGAAACUGGAAGCUUAAAAACUAGCUCAGUUUUUGCUUGGCGAGCUGGUCGCAAAGCUAGCUAGCCAAAACAGAA